ACUAUGGUGUUCCUGCGGGAUGGAAUCUGGCAAGCAACCGCCACGAUAGGCGAUGGCUCGCCGCCAUUCGUUUUGUACUUUUGUGGGAUUUGCACCUACAAGACGAGGCGCAAAGGGAACGCCUUAUUUCAGCAUGCCUUGACGGUGUUUUAUGUGGAUCGAGGGAUCUACCAGGGUUGGUGUCGAGAAAGCAAUUCGCCCCUGUUCUUCUGCAGCUAUUGCCCUUACAAGACGAACCGGAAGGGUUCCGCCAUCUCGCAGCACUACAAGGUUCACUCUCCGCACCUGCCGUUCGAGUGUCCGUAUUGUAAGCGCCGUUUCCGCUGGAAGCAGUCCUUUCGAAACCACAUCGCUAACGUCCACUAUGAUCAGCGGCCAGCCUUUGUACAAGAAUCCCGCAUUAUGUCACAUAAAUACAAACUGAAGUGGAACUGCCACCACACAGAGACAUUUCAAGCCUUUGAUCAGCUGAGAAUCAGGGAGAUGUUUGUGGAUGUGACCCUAUCAUGUGAGGACCAGUUUCUCAGGGCCCACAAGCUGGUGCUCUCAGCCGGCAGUAAGUAUCUGGAGCGAAUCUUGCAGCGGGAUGGGACGAGCUGCCCCACCGUCCACUUCUAUGGAGUCGAGAUGUUCAUUCUGAAGUUGUUGGUGGAGUUCAUGUACAACGGGGAAGUGGAAGUUCCCUCUGUACAUUUAGAAAAAUUCAUCGAAUUAGCAGAGAACUUGGAGGUGAGGGGCCUUAGAGGCAAAGAACAAUCCAAGGAUUCUGUCAAGACUCCUGAUGCAACCGAUUAUGGAAGUUCUGCUUCCUGGAAACGAAGGAGCAUUUCCCAUUCAGUUGAAGACUCUCCUUACCCCAUCAAACAGCCAAAGCAGGCAUAUGAUAUGCAUUGUUCAGCACCAAGUGCUGUGUCAAUACAGCCCGAAACGGUACGUCAUGCCUCGAGUCGGUCUCGUCUCUCGUCGCUCGAGCUCGACUCGAGUACCAACAAUGACUGUGACGAAGUGGUCGCGAUGAAGGAGGAAUCGACCGAGGGAGCACUGGUUGGUACGGUAACAGAGAAUCCUAGUGAUAUUGAAAGAUAUUGGCUACCAGACCAGACAGUUUCAGGGAUCAAGAGGCAAUUACAUAUGCAGUACUUGCAGGUCCGCCCAGAGGUUUCCAGAGACCUCUUGGAGGCCCUUUGA